UUUUAUCAAGAAAGUCAUUGUUCACCAGGAGGUGAAAAGAAAAAGGUGGAAUGGCUUUUAGUAAGGAACAAAAUAUUGGAUGUCAUAAUUUCUCUUUUCUGGCCUAAACGGUUAAGAAAAAACUUCUGCAAAAGAAUUGUGAGAAAUGCAUAUGAGAGUAAACUACUAAUAUCAGAUGAUCUGCUGCUAUUGAAGCAUUUCAUUCCUCAUGACUUCCUUUCAACUUGCCAGUCAGGGGAACACUUUUGGAUAAUGGAAAUAAUUCUAUGGUGCUUUCGAGGGUUGCUUUUGUGCACAGGCUUGUGCUUUAGUUUAAUUUUCAUCUUUUGGAGAGAUUCCACAGACUGGAGCAUCGUAUUUCUUAUGCUCAUUGUUACUUCUCUUACGUGGAUUUUAUCUGCCAGCUGGGUUUUAUACAAAUCAUCUAGUGAGGUUGAUAAUUUUCUUAGUAUUCUUCAAAAUUCUGGAGGCCUUGUUUCAAAAGUUUUGCGAUUUCUCUUGGAAGAAGAUCUUGUUUCUAGAGGAUUCAUCUUAGUGCAUGGAUCAAGUUCAUUUGCAUCAAGAAAUAGAAAAGAAGCUCCUUACUGUGAAGGGUUGCGCCAUGCUCUUCAUAGCACCCUCUACUCUAUGUUACCAGUCCUUCAUCAUGCACACAACCACCUCAAGACAUUAACUUCUUGCUAUCCAUGUAUACGGGGGCUUUUUGAUGAAUUUGAGGAGAUGAAUGCUGAGCUACGGGAAGAUGCCACUGAACAUCUUAAAUUUCUCAAGAAACUGGUAACUUUGGUAAAACUUCAGGUAUCUGCAGUUAUAACACAAGUUAUUUUGUGUGCCUCAGAUGUAGAGGUGUUUGAGAGUUUGGACAAAAAAUUUGCUUCAUCUUGUUUCUUAAAUGAAAUAGAAAAAGAGUCUGCUUUACUUUUAAAGCAUUUCACAUAUGCUGAAUCCUUCUGGCAAAAAGAUGAUGAGAGUCAAGAGCCUAGUUGUGAGGAGAAGAAAAAUAAUGUGUAUCUAGCAAUUCAUAGUUUAAGCUUACAUUUGCAAGCAGCAUUAUUCAAAAUUCAAGAUCUUGAGAAAAAGUUUAAAUUCUAUGAAACUAAGAAUGAAAAAGACGGCAACUUGGAGGAUUUACUGUCAUAUGAAUUUGUGAAAGAGCAGUUGAAUUUGAUUCAGAGUGAAUUAAAUUCUUGUCAAGGAUGUCUAGAUGAAACCUAUACAAGAGUAGAUAAGAAGUAUUCUGUAAGAGAGAUGGAAAUUAAAAAGUCUGAUCUUGAUGUGCCAUUAAAUGUGGAAGAAGAUAUUACUUCUUCUGUAGGUACAAGAAAAGCACCCAUUCCUCUCUUUGACCUUGAAGAACCAAUAAUUCAAGAUGAGGUGUUUGAGGCAUAUGUAGAUGAAGAUCAUAAUAAUCAAGAUAGGGAAUCCAAUGAUGACUUUUGGAACACAAGUGCGAAGGAGGAACGGAAGAAACUUAAGCAGCAAAAAGAACAGGGAAAACGAGUCAUCAGUGAGCUGCAACCAUUACUAAACAAGCUGCGGGAAGUUUGGGAAGAAAGAGAAACUGCAGCACUGCAGAGACACAAAACGGAGUUUCAAGUACAUUCUUCUGCUGCCCCAGUACAGCUCACAAAAAUAACAACCAACAGGAUUAACUUAGACUCAGCUACUACAGAGAUUAGAAGUGAAGACAGUAGCCAGAAAUUAGGAAACAUAAAGUACCAUGAUUUCAGAGCAGUUAACUGUAGUUUGAACAAAGAACCAAGUUCUGGUAAUGUCCCAUCUAUGGAAACUGAUGAUUAUGAAGACAGUGAUGAUGAAAGGUUAGCAGUAUACAGGAAAGUUAAAGAAGAGUUAGAGAAGGAUGAAAAAUCUCACAUGACCUCUCCACUAUUAGAUAGUGAUGAUGAAAGGUUAGAGGCUUACAGGAAAGUCAGAAAAGAAUUAGAAAUAGAAGAAAAGUCAUAUAAUGCAGACAGUGAAGAUGACAGUGAUAGUGAAAGAUCAAAUCCUCAGAAAAAAAUGGGAAAAAAGUUACCAUUUUCAAAGGGUUUAAAGAAUUGUGCUGGAGAUUCAGUGCAUGAAAUGUUAAGUCUUUCAAGCAUUGCAGACAGAGACUUCCAGUCAGGAAAUGUGGGCAAGAGUGAAGAAAUUGCAGAUGAUAUCAGUCUGCCAAGCAUAAAUAUAUUAAAUAUGCAGAAAGUAUUAGGUUUUCCUAAAGUCAAUAACAUUAGUGAUUACAGUUCCAAAAUCAGUAGUGACAAAGUUAUUGAGAAAAGUGCCUUAUUUCAGCCAGUUGAGAAAAUUGCUAUAGAAAAUACUAUUCCUGACACGAACUUGAAGUUUGGUAAUGUUCCUCACCCAUCAAAAGAAGAAACAUUUAUUCAUGGUGAUGAUACUGACAGUGAAGAUGAUUCUCCUCAUAUAGAUUGGGGUGCAGUUACUCUUCCCUCUCGCUUAACUGAUACAUUAGAAGAUCGUAUGCAGCUGUAUCGUGGUAAUAGUAUUGGAUUUCAUGCCGGUUUAGCUGCUGAAGCAGUAAUAGCAUCUCAGAAGUUUUUGUCUAAUAAAGAGGAUAUAACUGAAACAUAUCUUGGUGUUGGUGAAGGUGAAGAAAUUUUUGGAGACAAUGAAUCAGAAACUGAAUGACUUGCACAGGAUCAUUUUAUCAGUUUACUAAAAAGGAUUUUACUAGUUUCCCAAGUAUUUAUAUGAGGUACUGUUUCAGAUUUGUCUUUUUAUGACCAAAUUAUAGGAUAUACACUGUGAAGUGCCGUGAAGAAAUGUUUAUACAAAGAACAAAUUAUUACUUUAACUGGUCAAGGUUGAAAGAUUAAAAUCUUAGUCUAAUAAAGAAAAAUAAGCAGCUUUUGUUAAACCUAAUGCCUUAAGGGGAGUGAUUUUGUGCAGUAACCAUAAGACAGAUUGAAUACUGCGAUUAUCUCAAAUAAAAAAAAUUGUUUUUGUUUUUGUUGAAGUAUAAUUUUCAACAAUACAGUAAUAAGAUUGUAAAAUUGUGUAUCAAAAUAAAGGUAAAGAAAUGAACUUUCUAAUGGAAGUGUUGAAAAUCAAACAUUUGUAAUGGAAGCAUUGAAACUCAAACAUUCUUUUAAAAAAAACAUGUAUGAUUGAAUAACAAACACAAGCAUCCAGAGUUUUAUUUUCUUUUCCACUAGUAUUCAUGGUAACCCAAGUUAACACUAAUAAGAGUUACUUGAAUACAUUAACAUAAUAAAUAUGUAUUCAUGGCUAUUCACAAAAAUACCAUUUAAAUGAUACACAAGCUUUCAUUAUCCUUCUUGGUAAAUUCCCUUGAUGAAUAACUAAAACCUGAUUGACUUGACUUAGUUGCCAUGGAGAUACCUCCUAGAUGUAAACACUGAAUGAAAGGCACAAAGAUUGAACUUUGUUGUUGCAUUUGUGGCAAUUUGACUUAUGCUGGCAGUGGUUAAAUCUUGGUAUUUUAGAGCAUGAGGGGUUAAUAUUGCAGAUGCUGUGAAUAAUAUUGCAAGUGCUUGGAACGAGGUAAAGAUGAUGACUUUGAAUGGGGCCUGGAAGAAACUGUGUCUGCAGUAGGGGUUUGAGGAGGUAGAGGAUGUGGAAACUGUGACAAAGAAAAUGUUGGAUUAUGCAAGAAGCUAAAUUUGGAGGUGGAAGCUGAGGAUGUCACAGAGCUGCUGGCAUCCCAUGGAGAGGAGUUAUCAUAGAGCUGCUGGCAUCCCAUGGAGAGGAGUUAUCACAGAGCUGCUGG